UCAUAGAUAUCUAUGGUUUAAAAUGACCAUAAUAAUAAAAGUAAUUUAUCACCACCACAUACAUACGAGAUAAUGUUAAUAAGAAUAUUUCAGUGCAAAAAGUUCACACGUUAAGGAAUUUUUCAGUGGAAACACAUUUAACUAGUGAGAUUUACCUACAUAUAUUCCUUACUAGGAAGAGAGGUUCAUCUUUUGAACAUCUGCUACACAAAAAAACGAAGAGAAAGAGAAAGGGACACUAGGGCCCUUGUAUCGCAAAUAAGUUCCUUAUACACUUACUCACAUAUAUCAGUUUGCUCUGAAUAUUCCUAUCGAACACUAUUUCACAGUUAACUGAGGAUAAGUGCAAUACCUAAAGAUAGUACAAAGUAAUUGAUUAGAAAACGAGUAGCGCCGCUUGAAGACGGCAAAGUUUAACAUUCAUCUAAGCUAAUUCAUCAAAAUUUUCACAACGGAGGAACAAAACAUACUCAGUAACUUAAAAGUAGAACAUGAGAAUCUUGUAGCGAAGUGGUUGCAAAAUUCCUUCAAAAUACAAGAAAACGCCGCCCUGGACCUAAGGGCGACGCCACUAACGCCUCUCCAGAUACCGAUGGCGGAAGUCAACAACAGGCCUGUUUUCAAAAUGAAUAACGAUUUUUGGAACCAAGCCAGAGGCCCCCCUCAAAAUAUGCCGCAGAACUUGUCCAACUCCAACCAAAACUCCCCGGUUCCCGGCUCGACCAACUCCAUACCCGCUCAUUCGCCGAGCCAGCAGAGCAACAGCAGCCAAAUCCACGUCGUUACUCCCGGUGCGCUUGCAUUGCAACAAGCCAACCAACAGCAGAACAGCCAACAGCAGAGCCAAAACAGCCAACAACAAGCGCACACUCAACAACAACCCAACAACAACUGA